AUGUCUUUCUACGAACCACAAGGAUGGCAGGCGCCUGUCCGCCAGGCGUCGUGGGAACAACCCCCACCACCGUCCAGAUCAGGCGCGAGUUCCACCUCACAACGCGAAGAUAGCAAUGCCUUUGCCACUCAAUUCGAAGAGGUGGAUCGAGCCAUGGACAAUCUCGUCAAAAGCGGCAAAUUUUAUGCGGGUGCUCAACGACCGAUGCCCAUGGUCGGGGUUCGUCCUGCAGAAUUUGGUCCUCGAACGCACGGCGGCCGUCACUCCAUUGGCGAUUUCGAUCCCACUCGACCUCAUCCCGGCGCGAAUCUCCAGAAUUUUUAUGCCUCUCAAAGGCACCAAGGACGGCAUAACGACCCCGAUCAGGUAAUGCAGGCAAAAAGAAGAUUGGCGGCGCAACGAGAGCGCGACUUGCGCAACUAUCAUCAGGAACAGCAGUAUAAUCGAAGUUUGUUGGCAGAAAUGUCAUCCAAUAAAUCCGAUCGUUCCAUGAGUCCCAGCACGUUGAGUGAGGAAAGCCGCCGCGAAUUGAUUGCACGCCAACAUCGUGCAUUGUAUGGCGGUGACGGCUCGGCUUUCAUCGGUCAAGUCCCAUUCUCUCCCGAGGACGCCAACAACCGAGAUCAGACAGGAAAUGCUGCCACCCCUGCAGUGGGAGCUGUCCGUGGACCUUCCCCUCGUGGGGUUGAUCCUUUUGGUAUGAGCGGACACACCUCACAUAGCGAAGGUAAUGCGCAAAGUACUACUUCAGGCCAGGAUGCUCCUCGUGUUGAUAAGGCGGCCUCUCCAUCCGCAACAACAUCCUCUGGAUUUGGCACUUUCGAUGCUUCAGUUCCAUCUUCUGGAAAGGCCCCCACGCCACCCUCGGGAGAGGAAUCUUCUCAUUCACGACAAAUUUCAAAAUCCACCACCGCCCCCGUCACCGGCGGUAUGGGUCCCAUUGGAAGCCGUCCAAAUGUCCAACAAGUACCUAAUCCGUCGCUCAACAAGCGUACGACGUCACCUCUCCCUUCGUCUCUAGGAUAUGGGUUCGGAGGAAAUGAAGCAAAUAACGAUCGAGCUGGAUCGGCAAACUCGAAUUCUAAUAAUCAAAAAGAAUCAUCCUCAAAUUCUGGUAUGGGGGCUUGGGGCACCGGAAGCGGUGUUUGGGGUUCGAACAAGAUUGGCACAACCUCUGUCUGGGGUUGA